UCAUUCCUCCCAACGUUUCCGGACCUGCACGCUCUAGUAAACAAAGCGCGUCCACCAAAUCUCCCGUGGAGACGCCAGAGGUAGCUCAUCAUGUCAGAUCGGUGACCUUUGCUGGUACUGCGGUCCAUUCACUCUUCUUUAUAAUGACCUUACGCUCAGUGCCACAGGCAGGCGCGCAGAGGUAGACUAGUCACACAGAUUCGGACUAGAAGUCUUAUUUUUCUUAGGGCUAUUUCUGAGGGCUAUGUAGAAAAGGUAACAUGAACACUGUCGCAUCUCUAGCGCUUCUACAACUGUUUCUGUCUGCGGCAGCGACAGUUUCGGGAAACUUCUCCACCGAAACUGUCCAGUCAGCCGCACCGGGCGACGUGGUUUUACUCCAGUGUUACACCGGAGGGAAUCUAACACCUGUCUGGACAACAUGGAUGAAAGGCGGUCAUAUUAUCGCCUCAAAUGGUGAGCUACAUGUGGACUCUUCUGCCAAAGACCCGCGGCUCACCUUGGAGCUUAACGGGAGUCUGAGCAUCAGUAAAGUGACUUCUGAGGAUACGGGGAGCUUCCUGUGCAGCUCCAGACUCCCAGACAACAGAACCAUCAACGCACAUGUCCUGCUUCAAGUAACCAGUGGACCGUACAACGUAACUACAGUGAUUUAUCCAGCAGUCGUGCUACCCAACAGGACACUGGUCACUGAGAAAGGAGAGUCCGUCUCUUUUAAAUGCUCGGCAUGGUCCUCCCCAUCUCAGCAGCUCAACCUGACCUUCAGUGGAGCUUCGAACAAUAACACAAGCCUGGCUUUCACGCCACUUACAUUCCUGAAUUACACUAUAAAGGACAUCCAGCCCAGCAAUCAGGGAGUUUACACCUGCAGCGCCCUCAACACCGUCUCCAACCGUGUGGUCAAUGACAGCACUGAGCUGCUGGUGUACUAUAUUCCUAGCGGACACCCCGACUGCAUGCCCGUGCAGGCGCAGAACUCCUCCAGUGUCCAGCUGAACUGCUCCUGGUUCGGGGCGUAUCCGACCCCGCAGCUUCGGUGGGGAAAAGACGGAGACUUCCAGGUGACGGACAGCCUCGUCGUGUCGCUGAACAGCUCGACGCUGAAAGACGGGCAGACGCUGACCUGCAUGGCCCGGCAUGAGCUGCUCAAAAACGAAAGAGAGAGAUCUUGUUCCAUUACGCUCAGCCUUCCGUACCCAGCGGGCGAACCCAUGGUCUCGGUUCUGGAGGGAACCAACGUGACUCUCUCCUGCCGUGAGAUCACCGCAGUACCGGCUGCCAACACCAUGUGGAGGAAAGGCCAAAGUCAGGAGCCCAUCGUUCCCGGACCCAAGUACAUCCUGUCCAUGCAAGGCCCUGACCUAAAGCUGACCAUAGUCAACAUCAGCAUGUACGACGAAGUGUACUAUUUCUGCCGCAGCGAGAACGCGCUCGGCGUCCGCGAGCUGGAAGUCUUCCUCACUGUGAAAGCAUCAUCGUCGGCGUACACUGGAGCGGUGAUCGGUGUGUUCAUCGCUGUCCUGAUCACGGGCUGCGCUUUCAUCGUGGCUAAAAUACUUUACUCCAGGAGACACACAAUCUGCCUGGGAGGAGGUUUUAUGCAAGCUGAGGACAGAGGAGACGUGGUGGACCUGGUGGACUCGGAUGAUGAGCAGAUCUUUCAAGACGCCGUCCCCCGACUGCCUCCUUUAACCAACGGCCGCCACACGACGCUCGUCCAGAUACAUCGGAUCCCUUCCAGUGACGAUCAUGAGGUCAUCGUUGAAACGCAUCCAGAGCCGCCUGAACAGAAAGACGAGCCGAUUGAAGAGAAAACAGAAGAAUCCAGAGAAGAGGUGGAGGAACUCGUAUCAUUUUAGGGACAAGAAGCUUGAAAAUUAAUGCGUCAUUUCUAAUGACAACUGAAUUAGACUCCAAAAUGGGUUUUUUUUAGCGGUGUUGUACAUUUUUGUAUGUUUAUUUUGAACUUUUUUUGUUGUUGUUUGUACAGAAUUUUGAAUGAGUGACAUUAAAGCAUGAAAUACGUGUGAGGAAA